AUGAAUCGUAGGGUGCGGCGGAAAGUGGCAAAGAAGAAUAAGGAGAAGGUGGGAUUACCUAGUAACCCUGAAAUUGGAGAUGCGGGUUUGUGUCCUGAUAGUAAUGACGAUAUUGAUUGGACUAGCUUGCCAGAUGAUACUGUGAUCCAGUUAUUUUCCUGUUUGAAUUAUCGUGACCGUGCAAGCUUGUCAUCGACGUGUAAGACAUGGAGGGUUUUAGGUCUCUCUUCGUGCUUGUGGACUUCAUUGGAUCUUCGAGCCCACAAAUGCGAUCCUGGGAUGGCAGUUUCACUUGCAUCUAGGUGUCUGAAUCUUCAGAAGAUUCGGUUUCGUGGAGCAGAGUCUGCUGAUGCAAUAAUACAUCUUCAAGCAAGGAAUUUGCGUGAAAUAAGUGGUGAUUACUGUAGGAAAAUAACGGAUGCAACUCUUUCUAUGAUUGUUGCUCGGCACGAAGCACUUGAAACCGUCCAACUUGGACCAGACUUCUGUGAGAGGAUAAGUAGUGAUGCUAUUAAAGCAAUAGCCUUUUGCUGUCCGAAACUAAAGAAACUUCGGCUGUCUGGAUUAAGGGAUGUUUCUGCUGAUGUCAUCAAUGCUUUAGCUAAGCAUUGCCUGAAUUUGAUUGAUAUUGGGUUUUUGGACUGUCUAAACGUUGAUGAGGUAGCAUUGGGGAAUGUAGUAUCUGUUCGAUUCCUCUCAGUUGCGGGGACAUCAAAUAUGAAGUGGGGUGUGGUCUCCCAUCUUUGGCAUAAGCUGCCUAAACUGAUCGGGUUGGAUGUUUCAAGAACAGAUAUUGGCCCAAGUGCAGUUUCUAGAUUGUUAUCAUUAUCAACUAGCUUGAAGGUUUUGUGUGCAAUGAAUUGCCCACUUCUUGAAGAAGAUAGUACCUUCAGUACGAAUAAAUACAAAGGAAAAUUGUUACUUGCUCUUUUCACUGACAUUUUUAAAGGACUAGCUUCUUUAUUUGCCGAUACUACAAAGAUGGGGAAAAAUGUCCUUCUGGAUUGGAGGAAUUUAAAUACCACGGAUAAGAACUUAGAUGAAAUCAUGAAUUGGCUUGAAUGGAUCCUAUCCCAUACCCUUGUGCGUACUGCUGAGAGCAAUCCACAAGGUUUGGAUGAUUUUUGGCUCAAGCAAGGCGCAACAAUAUUACUUAGUUUAAUGCAGAGCUCACAGGAGGAGGUUCAAGAAAGGGCGGCCACAGGACUUGCCACUUUUGUGGUCAUUGAUGAUGAAAAUGCUAGCAUAGAUUGUGGAAGGGCCGAGGCAGUUAUGCGAGAUGGUGGCAUAUGUCUCCUUCUAAACCUUGCAAAAUCUUGGAGGGAAGGUCUUCAGUCAGAGGCUGCUAAGGCAAUAGCAAACUUGUCCGUGAAUGCAAAUGUUGCAAAAGCUGUUGCAGAAGAAGGAGGAAUUGAAAUCCUUGCUGGGUUGGCAAGGUCCAUGAACAGGCUGGUUGCUGAAGAGGCUGCUGGAGGGCUUUGGAACCUUUCAGUUGGAGAAGAGCACAAGGGUGCCAUUGCUGAGGCUGGUGGAGUCAAAGCUCUGGUUGACCUUAUAUUCAAAUGGUCAUCUGGUGGUGAUGGAGUUCUGGAACGUGCAGCUGGUGCUUUGGCAAAUUUGGCAGCCGAUGACAAGUGUAGCAUGGAGGUUGCACUGGCAGGUGGUGUACAUGCUUUGGUGAUGCUUGCUCGUAAUUGCAAGUUUGAGGGAGUACAAGAGCAGGCUGCUCGUGCUUUAGCUAACUUGGCUGCUCAUGGAGAUAGCAAUACUAACAAUGCUGCUGUGGGACAAGAAGCAGGCGCUCUUGAAGCCCUUGUUCAACUCACACGUUCUCUACAUGAAGGUGUCAGGCAGGAAGCUGCUGGUGCGUUGUGGAACUUAUCAUUUGAUGACAGGAACCGAGAAGCAAUUGCAGCAGCUGGUGGUGUUGAGGCCUUGGUCGACCUUGCACAAUCUUGUGCAAAUGCCUCUCCAGGUCUUCAAGAGAGGGCUGCUGGAGCUCUCUGGGGAUUGUCAGUGUCAGAAGCCAACAGCAUUGCUAUUGGACGAGAAGGAGGUGUUGCGCCUCUGAUUGCUCUGGCACGCUCUGAGGCCGAGGACGUUCAUGAAACUGCUGCAGGAGCUCUCUGGAAUCUUGCUUUUAAUCCUGGAAAUGCUCUUCUAUCAAAGAUGGCUCGCUUCAUGGCUGCACUAGCAUUGGCCUAUAUGUUUGAUGGGAGAAUGGAUGAAUUUACACUAGUAGGAACUUCAACAGAAAGCACUUCAAAGAAUGUGAAUUUAGAUGGAGCUAGAAGGAUGGCUUUGAAGCACAUUGAAGCUUUCGUCCUUACAUUUUCUGAUCCACAAGCAUUUUCCACUGCUGCUGCAUCAUCAGCUCCAGCAGCAUUAGCACAAGUAACGGAGAGAGCUCGUAUUCAAGAAGCAGGACAUCUGCGAUGCAGUGGAGCUGAGAUUGGAAGAUUUGUUGCCAUGCUACGGAAUCCUUCUUCUAUACUAAAGGCUUGUGCUGCAUUUGCUCUUCUCCAGUUUACCAUUCCUGGGGGACGACAUGCUUUGCACCAUGCGAGUCUCAUGCAGAGUGCUGGAGCUGCCCGGGUUCUGCGAGCUGCAGCUGCUGCAGCAACUGCACCACUUGAAGCCAAAAUCUUUGCAAGAAUUGUGCUGCGCAAUCUGGAGUACCACCAUAUAGAAUCUUCGAUAUGA